CUGCAGGUAGAGCAGCAGGAGCACGAGGACGUACUGCAGUGGGACUUCAAGGACACUUUCUUCAACCUGACGCUGAAGCAGGUGCUCUUCCACAGCUGGCUGGAGAAGCACUGCCCCGGCGCCCGCUUCAUCUUCAACGGGGACGACGACGUCUUCGUCAACACCGACAACGUCAUCCACUUCGCCAUGGGCACCCAGGGCACCGAGGAGCAGCAUCUCAUGGUGGGGCAGCUCUUCAUCGAUAACCCCCCCGUCCGCAUCCAGCAGAGCAAGUACUUCGUCCCCACGCAGCUCAUAAACUCCAAAUAUUACCCACCCUACUGCGGCGGCGGCGGCAUCCUCAUGUCCGGCUUCACCGCCCGCGUCAUCGCCCGGGAAUCGCACGACGUCAAGCUCUUCCCCAUUGACGACGUCUACUUGGGCAUGUGCUUGAAGAAGGCAGGGCUGCUGCCCGCUUCCCACGCCGGCAUCCGGACCAUGGGCCUGGGGGCGCCGGCCAACGCCAACCCCUUCGAUCCCUGCUACUACCGGGAGCUGCUCCUGGUGCACCGUUUCAUGCCCUACGAGACGGCGGCCAUGUGGCAAAUGUUGUCCGCCAGGGACUCGGGCGCGUACCUGGUGGCAGGAGGGUGCUGA